AUGGCGUCAGAAGAACAUCGCCGGUGUGAGUCAAGGAACAGCUCACAGAGUGAAGCUGUCGACACGGAGAUGCCGGAAGCCAGAAGCCCUGGCGCAGAGGGAAAGAGCAAGUCACGAGCCACCACCACCGCUCCUUCUCUCUCGAAUCUUUCUUGCAGUUCCAUCUUCAACCUUGGAAACCCAACUGUGUUUGCAUUACUAUUCUACACCAUUACAAACGACAAUAACGAAAACAACAACGACGACGACAAGAAUGACAACAACAUUAACGGGAACGACGACGAUAACACCGACGAAAAGAGCGACAAUCACUAUAACCGCGACCGCAACGAGAACGAUAUAUUGACCGCCCUACUUCUCCAAGGGAUAGCUUCAGCGAUUACCAAUUCAACCCCCAAUGAGGAACUGUCGUUUGCUUCUUCUAUUUUGGUGCCCACAAAUCAAGGCAGCCAGAUAACAACGACGUAUCAGAAAGGAUCUGAGGAGACGAAUACGGUUAGAAACGCCAAAUUAAACGCUGAGGCAGGCAUUCCGUCGACCCUUCACAGUGUCAUAAACUGGUGCCUGGAAAAAUCCAGGAACAGCGAUAGUCCACAGACUGCGCAAGGACCGGAAGCGGCCACGACCCUCGGCCCGGCCAUGAACAAACUGCGAACCGGUGAAGCAAGCGAUCAACGUACCGUCAACUCCCCACAGUCAAGGCUGCUAGUGAUAGUGAUAGCCUAA